CCAGCCAUUCUCUGAGCCAAGGCCGCGGUGGAGGUGGUGGUGGUGGUGAGCGCAACACCACAACAACACCAGCCUGUCACCCAUCACCUCCAACACCACCAACACCACCAGCACCACCCUCAACACCGCCCUAUGGAGCCCGUGGUGUCCCUGGGAGGCUGAGGAAGGGUGAGAACCAGCCUCGAGACACCAAGAUGGGCGCCCUGGCCAGUAGACAGAGUGCGGGGGUGGAGGAGGUGGACAUUGGGGUCAACCACGCCUACAGAUACCCCCCCAAGGCAGGGAACUACUUCAGCAGUCACUUCAUCAUGGGCGGCGAGCGCUUUGACACGGCCCAGCCCGAGAUGUACCUCUUCGGGGAGAACAUGGACGUCAACUUCCUGGGCUCCCGGCCGGCACCGUCCUCCCUACAGUUCCCUUAUCCCGCACCAACGGCCAAUGAGCCCAGCAAGACCCUGAAAGCCCUCAUCAACAUCCGGAAGGAGAGUCUACGCUUUGUGCGGGCCCCGGAUGACUCAGCCACCCUCAAGGGGCCGGACGAAGGCACCCACUCCUCCAGGUUCAACAUUGAGUUCACGUUUGACUGUGACGUGCGCUGCGCCAUCACCAUCAUGUACUUCUGCACGGAGGAGGUCACCACCAGCGGCAUGAUAUACACGCCGCGGGACCCGUCGAUGAACUCCGAGACGUACCACUACAAGCGCGGCGCCAACCAGCAGUUCUCACAGGUGUGCCACGUGUUCGACCCGUCACUCUACCCCGAGGAGGACCUGGUGUACAGCUUCGACCGGGAGGUGCUGCCUCUGGUCAUCUACUGUGUGGCGGAGGAGGGCGAGGAGCCCAGGCAGUCCCACGCCACCUUUGCCAUGGUGGAGAAGCACACCGACGGCUUUGCCCUUAAACCCCUCAAGCAGAAGCUGUUUGUGGACGGCCUCUCCUACCUGCUGCAGGAAAUCUACGGCAUAGAGAACAAGAACGCUGACAACUGCAAGGUCUCCUCUGAGGACGACACGGAGGACAACGGUGCCGAGUGUGUCAUCUGCAUGUGUGACCUGCGUGACACCCUCAUCCUCCCCUGCCGACACCUCUGUCUCUGCAACUGCUGCGCCGACUCCCUCAGGUACCAAGCAAGUAACUGCCCCAUCUGCCGCGCCCCCUUCCGUGCGCUGCUGCAGAUCAAGGCGCUGCAGAAGGUGACUGGAACCGGCAACAACCCACAGUCCAACACGGAGGUGAAGAAGCCGGUCCGUGUGGUGGUUAACAUGCUGUCUGAGGCCGAGGGACUUGACGCUCUGCUGCAUGCCUGGGCUGGGGGAGGGGACAACAUUCCACCAGGGUACGAGGCUGUGUCGCUGAUAGAGGCUCUUAAUGGCCCCUCCGCCGCCCCCCAGCAACCCACAGCACCUCCAGCCCAUGACAGGUACCUCCAGCUGCCCCAGAAUGCCACGGAUGCCCCCGCUGAGGCCCUGCCCCGCACUGAUACCUCAAGGUGCUUCAUGGAGGGUCUUGGUGUGAGGGCCGGGGCGGGGACGCUGGAGGACUCCACCACUCAGACGGAGCGCCCCCCCAGCGCCUGCGACACCACCACGCAGAGCAUCGCCAUGCCAGAGAUGCGCAUGUCAGUCCUUUUGGCGCAGGAGUCUGAGGAUCUGUCCAAGGCCGACGACGCCCCGGCCGGCAGUCCUUUGGCACCCAGCAAGAAGAAGGCCAGCCAGAAGCACCACCUGAGGGACAAGCAGCAGUUUGGCUCCAAGGACAGCGUCAAGGUGGUCAACGAGCUUGGCGGACCACACAGCCUUGAGAUGGUGGACCCGGCGGAGACUCGCAGCCUCCUGGACGAGGACCAGCUGGAGGCCAACCUUGGGGCGGAGUGCAGGCCCAGGCUGGCCAUGGAGGACGGCCAGCCAGACCUGCGGGCACCCCAGGCCAAGGAGGAGGAGGAAGAGGACGAGGACGAGGAAGAGGAGGAUCAGGAGGAUGAAGAGGAAGGGGCAAGUGUAAGGGAGGAAGGAGAGAGAAGUAAGGUUGAGCUGGAGGCGAGGGGGGUUGCCGAGGAGCUGCAUUGCCCCCCUUCCCCCUCCACGCCCUCCCCCUCACUCACUCCCCGCAAGGACCAGGAGAGGGAGCAGGAAAGCCAGGAUAGUGAGGAGAGACGUGGUGCACGGAGUCAGCAGUCAGCACCAUCCUCACCGAGCGGAGCAGCGCUGAGCCUGACGCAGCAGAGUGACUCCCUGUCCCUGCCCGGCACACCGCUGAGCAACGCCUCCGCCAUCAGCCGCUCCUCCGACGCCUCGGUCAGCUCGGCCUCAUCCACCCGGGCGCUGCUCUCCCACCCCACACACACCUCCUCAGCAAGUAUUGUUUGAGGGGCCGGGGCAGUGCUUGGUCUGGCCUUCUUUAACAGGGGAGGAGUGUAAGCAUGACUGACUACCAGAUGCUUUUUGUUACUUUUUCAUAUAAUGGCAUUGAUGCGUCUGCUGAGGCGGCCGUUCUUGUCCUUCAGACAGGCAGCAGUUUCAACAGGCUGCUCCCCUCAAGCUUUUCAUUACUCCUCAGAUACAUUAAUAUUCUACAUGAUGUAUUUGAAUGCAGACAAGUCCCAAUUUUAUUUACACUUCUUUCCUUUCCUUACAACUCUCUCCCCAAGAGUCACCACUGAACAUGGCGUGAGGAAGAGUGCAUGUGCAUGCUAAAUCAAAGGGAGUUAAUUGUUGUCCACAGCAACACUACUUUUUCCAGUGCCCUGAUGACUAUUUAAACUUAUUUUCCUCUAGUCAUUUUCUGCAAAGGGAACCCCAUUAGGUGAAGGCAAAGUUGGGGACAUGCAUUAAGAAGCACGUGUCCUUGGUGCUCAUCUGUCUCAUUGGCCCUUGAGCUGUGGUGGGUCACAGCCACUACUCCAGCCACAGGGCAAGUGUGGCAUCCAGGGUAGUUUAUUUUACCCCAGUCCCCAUUUAUGGACCAGCUUGAAAAGGAGGAUAAACAGCUGGGUGCCAGCUGCCCUUGACUGAGAUCAAACUCCGGCCCAUGGACUCCUAGCUCGGCCUGCUAACCACAUCACCCAUAAGGGUGAUAAGUAAAUUACAGAGUAUUCCUUGCCUAGUACAGGUUUCAAACCUAAAAUUUGUAGUUUAACAUACAGCAGAGAUGGAAUGCUGUGUCAGUUAUAUGAUUGACAUUACGGGGCAAAGUUUACAAGAUAACUUGGUUUGACCAGCUGCCUUUCCCACCCAAGAUGCCCACCAUGAAGCACACCUGCUGCUUCUCUCUUAGCCAUUGUUAGUAUUAUUUUGGUAUCCUGGAUAAAGGGUUUUCUAAAACAAGAUAAAUGCUUAGUCCAAUAAGUAACCUCAAUUUUCACUGGCAUUCAUGAAUUACAUUUCAAUCUAGCAAAACUAAUGUUGUUGAUCCUUGACUCUGUGAACUCAAAGACAAUAGGAGUGGCAGAGACUUGCACAGGUCAUAGUAAUGGCUGCCGUAAUUAGCCAAAAUAUUUCUUGUAUGUAGUCCUAAAUUUACAAAGUACGUAUAAGAAAAAUUUUAAAGUACUGUUACCAAAGUAUUAUGUAAACUUUAGCAUUGUGAUUCUCCAUUAUGUACCAACUCUUGCAACAUUCAGUACUCCCAGUCCUGUCAAGCCUUCUUGCUGAUGAUCUCCCUCCCAGCCUUUUGCCUUCCUAUUUGACUUGCACCUCUUCACAAAGUCAUAAUUUUGCAUUCUCAUUCCUAAACCAUCUCCAAUUCCUCCAUGAACUCUGCUUUACUCAUUCCAUCACUUCUCACACCACCACCUGCUUCACCUCCAUUCCACAUCUCCUGUGCACCUUUUCAUUACUUCAUCAACACAGAUUCUUUCUCUGGAAAUGUAAGUUUUAGGUUGUAAGGUGAUAUUAUUGUGUAACUUGAUGACUGGGUGGAGGGAUUGCACAGCCUAAUGGUUCUCAUACUCAGCAGGCAUGCUCUGGAGCAGCUGCUGCUGUGAGGGAAAUUUGCCAUGUGGGGGACAAUGAGUGGAGUAUCAUUGCAUCCCAGGUUGUGCUUCCAAGUAUUUGUGAGGCUACCAUUUAAUAUCCUUUAGAUCUGACUAUACACUGUGAUUAUUAUUUUUCACUUUUUGUAAUUUUAAAAUGUUGUUACUGAAAUCUGCAUAUAUUAGAGGUGGUGUCUUUAAAAGCACAAGCUUGUACCUACUGGACAUAGUUUUGCCCAGUGAAGUUUGAUACGUUGUAAUUGUGAUGCCCAAACAUGUCCAGCACAAAUUCAGAAAAUAAUUCUGCUUGGAUCUCACUGCUUCAGUUUCAGCUGGAGCUGCACCUAAAGACAGAACUUAUAAACAGACCAUUAUUAUUUACAUUUUGUAGAAAUGUGCAAUGCCACAGGAGUAGCUGGAAGUCCUGGCUAAAGUCCAUUUUUAAUUUUCAAGUUUGAUUUAAACACCGAGUGUUAAGAACACUGUCUUUUAAGUCUGUCACAGUGAAUAUAUUCGUCAAGGGAUUUGAUUUGCUUCUCCGGAAGUCUUGAACUGUUCUUGUUAAAAUGCAUUCCUUGAUCCCUGAAUACUCUGCACGCUCCACGACUCAUCCAGCUCAUGAAGUCUUCCACUCAUUCGUGUACUCAAUUAUGAUAAUUUAUGAACUGCACGUACCAAGUCUUGAGGAUUAGCACAUCAGAUGUUCUCAUGCCAUUACCCAAAUACAAGUACAGGUAAUCCUAUUCUUAAUUCCCAAAAGGUAGUUUCUUCUUUUCUUAAACAAAAUGAAAAUUUGUUCUUAAGUGAUUCAGAAUUUUAGCAGUCAUGAUUGCAAGGCUAAGCUGUGAAAGUAAGGUCAUCACACUGGUGGGGCAGAUUGAUGGUUGGAGGAUGCUGGUCUUGUGCAUGCCAUAAUAGUAACUGAAUUGUUUUACCCAGAGCUUGUUUUGUUUGAAUGUCAUAACCACCUCCAAUAUAUCCUGAGGUAUCAAGCAAAUGUUUGAGGGCCAGAGUGUACUUGUAUUUCAGGCCAGCCUUUCCCAGUGCUUAAGAGUGGUUUCCUGAGCUGAUAUACAUGGUGGGAAGACUUUCUGUAAUAUGGGUUUUAUUUUAGAUAACGUACUUGUCCCCUCCAGAAAAAAUACUCAAAUUUUAAAUAGGACAUUUCAGAUUGUGAAUAAGUACUCAUUGUGUCUGUCCAUGUAGCACCUCUCCUACCAUGCAUGCUGGAGCUAUGAGGGGAUUUUGUUGACUGAAGUAGGCACCCAGUGCAAGGUGUGUGCCUAAGAUUUUAUCUUGUUCCGUCUUACCCAUCCCCAGACCCCUCUUUAACACUUACAAAACAUUGCUUUUCCAUGUAACAUCCCUAUAAGCAUAAGCCAUGUAAUGCUAUCAAAAGAAAUGUUAGGUUAGUGUUCAAAAGAGACUGGGGAAGGAGUACGUAGUAAAGAAA